UCGUGGCCAGGUGGUACGUGGUCGCGGAGAGAUGAUGCGUGGCGGAUAUUUCCACGGACGUGGUGGACGUGGUGGAUAUUGUGAACACUCGUCCACACCGUCCAUGACAAUUUAUACGAACGCUCUAGACGCGUUAGGGCGCACCCUAACAUCUAUCGUAUCAGUCGUACGAUUGGCCACACAAGACUCAAGUCCACAACCCGCGUCAGGAUCAUCGUGGUAUUAUAAUCCCAAUUAUAUUCGUGGACGGGCACGUGGAUGGGCACGUGGACGGCCAUCAAUUAUGUGCCAUAACUGCAGGGAAUUUGGCCAUACGCGGCAGUACUGUCCUAACAAUUGUAAGUACCUAGGCAAAUAACUUAAAAUUAUUAUUUAUUUUACAUUAUGUAAGCUUCAAUGAACCCUUCGUAAUCCGCAAUAAUAAAAUAAUAGUUUAUGCUAUCUACGCAUGAUGCACCCAGGGUUGUUAUGUUUAAAACAUAAAAAAAAACAUAUUGAUUGUGUUUUAAAGUUUAA